GUUGAUUUUCGUAAUGGAAAAUAAUGGGUUUAAUCUGCAGCCUCAGUUCCCAGCUGGACUGCGGGUUCUUGUUGUGGAUGAUGAUCCCACAUGGCUCAAGAUCCUGCAGAAAAUGCUCAGGAAGUGCUCAUAUGAAGGUUGAUUUUCCUAAUUUUCGAUGAAUUUUCCGUCCUACUUCAUGGUUUAUGUCUGUCCGUCCUCGUUCAUGCAGGUUUCUUUUUCUUUUUUCCUUUUUUUUCCGGUGAAUAUUAUGGUCUUAGUUAAGAAGCUUUAGGUGGCCAUCCGUCUUUGUCUGUGAUAUAUUCCAUGGUUGCGUCGAAAUGUUUUCAUCAUUUGCUUUAUAUAUAGUAUAGUUCUGGGGGCUACUUUUCACAACCAACUGAAACUUUACCUUUUGAAGAGGAUCAGUUUGACAAAUUUUUGUUGUGUCUUCCUCUUCUUUUGUUUUCAUAUCUCUUAUUGCUACGUUCGUUUAUGUUUGUCGGUUGAUGACGCUUGUUUUAUAAGAAGUGCUACCAAUUUAUCUUUUAGCGCUUAAAGUGUAUGUUCAUGAAGUAGAGAAAUAAACUUGGAUGGUUGGUAGUUGGUAAAUGCUAUUCGAUGCAAUGAAGUUUAGACUUGGAUGCUCAUGAAAUAGAGAAUUAAACUUGGAUGUUCAUUAUCUGUUUCAUUGAGUUUCCUUCAUUGUCUUUGCAUUUUAUCAUCAUGAGGAAAGGAAAAUGUCUAACUUUUGAGAAAUAACAAAAUAAACUUCUUAGAUUGGGGGGGCGGUAUGUCAUGACAUCAAACCGCUUUAUCUUUUGCUUUCCUCUAGCACCCUUUUUCCAUCUUUUUUUUUUGGUGGGGUUCGUGGGACGAAAAUGCUCUUCAAGAUAUCCUCCAGUAUUCUUCUAUAUCUAUAUCUAGUGGAGACUAGAAUCAUGCAAAAGAUUGUGCAAUAUGAAAUAUGAUACCCUGGGUACUGUGGAAGAUGAAGCAUAAAAGGCUUUAUUCUUUUCUUGAAUUUCUACUUUUAUGUUAUACAUGUCCAUGAGGAAAAAAAGAAAAAGGAAGAAAAUAAAGAUCAUCUACAGAUGUUUGCUCAGCACAGCUAAGAAUCUUGGAAUUUAUUGUACACCAGACAGGUAUCUGUUGACACUUUUGGAGGCCUUGCUAAUUAUGGCAAUCUCACUGUAUUCUUGGUUGCUGAAAUGAUGCACGAUCUGAAAAUUAACCAACAUUUACAGUUUUUGCUUGAUACUGGCAUUUUCUUCCAAAUAUCUGCCAGUGGAAACAAUGACCAAGAGGAAAUUCUAUCUGCAAAUGGAAAUUAUCUUUCUUUUUUCCUAACAGUGUAUGCAUCGAGUUUAUUGGCUCUCAAAUUACAAUGGUCCCUUUACAAAUGCAUGGAGGGAGUAAACUUCCGAAGGAGUCUGUGCCAUUCAGGUGACAACAUGUGGUUUAGCGAGAGAAGCCCUGAGUAUUCUUCGUGAAAGAAAAGAUGGAUUCGACAUUGUCAUAAGUGAUGUUAACAUGCCUGACAUGGAUGGUUUCAAGCUUCUUGAACAUGUUGGGCUUGAAAUGGAUCUGCCAGUCAUUAUGAUGUCAGUGGACGGCGAAACAAGCAGAGUAAUGAAAGGAAUCCAUCAUGGUGCUUGCGAUUACCUGCUUAAGCCUGUAAGAAUGAAGGAGCUUAGAAAUAUAUGGCAGCAUGUUUUCAGAAAGAAAAGGCAUGAGAUGAAGGAUUUUGAAAAUCAUGACAAGAAUGAAGAAACUCAGCUUGUAAAAAAUGUGCUGGACGAUUUUGAGGACGACCAUGUAUCAAAUGAAGGUGAUACAAAAUCAGCAAAAAAAAGGAAGGACCUGAAAAAUGAGGAUGAUGAUGAACAUGAGAGUGGUGACACUUCUGCUGUCAAGAAAGCUAGGGUUGUGUGGUCAGUCGAUCUACAUCAAAAAUUUGUCAAUGCUGUCAAUCAGAUAGGACUUGAGAAAGUUGGCCCCAAGAAGAUACUCGACUUGAUGCAAGUUCCUGGUCUGACAAGAGAAAAUGUUGCAAGUCAUCUGCAGAAGUAUCGCCUGUACUUGGGAAGAUUGCAGAAGCAAAGUAAACCAGAACCUGCUUUUGGGGGGACUAUGCAACCAGACUGCGGCUCAGUGGAGUCAGGAAGUUCCACUUGCCUGAGUUCAAUUACAGCACAUCGAGCAAACUCAGCUACAACUUUUGGAUUCUCAGGUGAUGAAAUACAAAGAGCUCACGAAGAUGAUAUGAGUAGGAUCAACUUGCCAAUCACGGUUAACACGUGGCCUUUGACCAAUGACAUGGUUGAUACUACAAAAGCAAACCCAAUUUCCCAGGUAAAUUGUGUUCUUUCUACUGAGAGGACAGUCCCAGAAAUGGAUAAACCAUUGCUUAAAACGACCACGACUCAACGGUACCCAAUGGGUGAAAGGACUUCAAGUAUCCAAUUCAAGCAACAUCCGAUGCAUAUCACACAUUCUCAGAGUUCAUAUGCCCUUCUGGAGAACGACUAUCCUGACAUGCUAAUGCGCAGUCAGCCUCACCAGGCCAUUCUUGAUCAGUUAAAAGGCUUUCCACCAUGCAGGGCUGAAGAGCCCUUUCUCCAUGGGAAAACAUCUGUUUCUGGUGUUGACAUUGACACACCCGUUAAUGAAAAUGAGCUUGGAUGUAGUGAUUGCAGAAGCACUUGUGCUGUAGGGUUGGAAUUCCCGUCAGAAUGUGGUCAAGACAAUCUCCUUGCUGUCCAAGGUGAUAAUCCAAUGCUCAGCCAACAGGUUAUGGGGGCAGUCUCUUCUGUUAGCAGCUCGAUCCUCAAUGAGAUGUAUGAACUUGAUCAGAAAGGCAUCGACAUAUGGGAGUCACCUUAUCUGCAUGUAUUACCAAAAGAUUCCAGCUUGGACUACACAUACAAUGAGUUCCAACUCUAUCCACUUCAAGGAUUUGACUGCUUUGCAGAUUUUGGGCCUGAUGUUGUGGAGACUUUUAAGAUAAAUGAACUGAAAUCCAAGGCAGAAAUACAAAGCUGCUUCCAGAGUGAAUCAGUGUUCGACUCCAGCAGCCUCUAUGGUCCAGAACACCUUGUUAUGGACGAGGGAUUGCCCUUGGAUGGAGAUCAGCUUCUAGUGUGAGCUACUAUGCAAUUAUGUAUCCUUUAUAUCUCAAUCCUGAUUUUGUCAGUCCAAUGUAUGUAUUCCCCAAGCAACUAUGCCACCAUGACUAAGAUAAUAACUAGGUUGAGGUGGCUGAGUUCCAUACUGCUUUUCAAGGAAACUCAUGUAAUGAGGUGUGCCAAAAACUCACAUAUACACUGGUACUUAGUUUGCUUUCUUCAAGGAUCAACUAGCAACAUGAGGAAAAUACAUCAUGUUAAGUUUGUCCCAAA